CUCCCCUCCCCCGCGAAGGUCUGUGUCUAGGGCGGCCGCGGCAGCAGUCUGCUGCAGUCGCCCUGGCGAGCGUGAGCGCGCCGUGCUAGUGACCUGUGAAUCUACUCAAGGGCAGGGACGUCAUGAGGAGGUACACGAAGCCGCCUUUGGAGUCAGCAAAGCCAGGGGACGAGCUGGCUAGAAAGAUCGGUAGGGCCUUCCCCGAGCCCUCCAACGACGUACUGGGGAAGCCCAAUGUGCGGCCGUACUACUGCGAGCAGUGCGACAGAUCCUUCCUUUGCCAGAGCAGCGUCGACAAGCACCUCUGGUACCAUCUGAGGCGAGAGGUCGGCAUCUGGGAGGAGCCCACGCCGCCCGGCGAAUCGUACCAAUGCGCCGAGUGCGCCGCGCAGUUCCGUAUCCUGGACACGUACGUCCAGCACAUGGGAUCGCACCUCGCUUACCCCUGCAACUGCCGGCUCUGGUACCCCAACAAGCUGGCCCUGGAGAGGCACGCCCUCAAGUCGCACUCCAGGCGCAACCUGCACAACUUCCUGCGCUCCGAGCGGGAGGCCAGGUUCUGGCAGUGAGAGAUGUCAGAGACACUUCGGCCAGGGGUCAUCACUUCUCUACUACGGUAACACAUUACAGGGGCCCAGCUCAUAGAGCGUCGUUUUUUUAAUGAGCAUGAACUCUAUUUGUUUUAAAUGAGAUCCAGCCCCCACGUUUUUAAAGGGAACAAUUCUACAAAUUUUUGAUCAGUAUACAAUUUUCAAAAAAAUAAGAAAAAGAUUGAAAAUUUUACAAAAAAUUAAGAUGCUAUUUUUAGACAAGAUUUAAGAUUAUACUUUAAAAAGUCAUGUCAAAAGUCAAAAUGUGAACAAAUGAGCAAAAAGUUAUAUUUUAUGUAUGUUAUAACUAUAAACUAUCACAUUUAAUAUGGUUUUGACCACUUAGUUCGUAUUUUAAGACAAUUCAGACAUUUAACAUUUAUAAUAAAUAUUGUUAUUUAUUUAUCACAAAUAUAAUUAUUAAUGAUUCUA